AAGUAUCAGGUUGUAGGAAGAUAUUUGUGAACAAUCAUGGUUAUAACGUGCAUCGUAAAGGGUUGCGAUAACAAGCAGAAGGUAUAUAGUGCCGUCAUGUUUCACAGAUUUCCAACUCACCACAAACGGCGGAAACCUUGGUUAGCUGCUUUGGACAUGGAUCCAACAACAUCGGUGGAUAUUCUGAAGAACUGGCGUGUUUGCUCCGAGCAUUUCACACAGGAGGACUAUACAUCCACAGGAUUACGCCUAAAGGAUGCGGCCACACCGACAAUACUCAAAUCACGAACACAACAAAGUGGAUCACCCAACACUGAAACAGACGGGACAGACGGAGAGUCCAUGGAAGUUGUUUUAGAGCCGGGAGCAUCAGCGGACGCCGGAGACACAGAGCUUGUUGACACAGCUUCCCCUAGACUGUCUGAACACGGAGAGGAGGAUAACUUUGUUGCUGCUGAAAACGAAAUGGAAAGCAAAGAAAUUGAACCUAAAGAGGAAGAGACUGACAGCACAGUUCUGGUUCAUGUUGGUGAGCCAGGUAACACCUCGGAGUGUGAAAGAGAAGAGGGCGCUGAGGUGAAAACGGAGGAAGAGUUUGAGUUAAAUGAGCAAGACAAUGACACUAAGGAGGACAGCGGUGCACAGGAGGAAGAGGAGGACCGUUGUGUAAAGGAGGAAGAGGAGGAGGAGGAGGAGGAGGAGGAGGAGGAGUCUGAUGGAGGUAAACUGAGGGUUUCUACUACGGACGACCUGGAUGAGAUGAUGGACAUUGGGACGGUGGAUCAGGUGGAACAGGAAGCUCAGAUGAAAGAUGAGCAGCAGCAGAAAAGUUUGAAGGACGUGGAAUGCAGCCGUUCAUCUGUUACUUCAACUACAGCCUCAGCGGGGGAGGACAGUAACUCUGUCGAGGAGGAAGCUGAUGUAAAACCCAUCGUGUUACCUCCUCCUGCAGACGAGGAGCAGGUAGAGGACGUCAAAGUGGCUUUAGACUUGAUGCAGUCCAGCUCGUCUCCGUGGUCUGAAGCCACGGCCAGCACAGGAAGGGACAGCUCGUCACCAGGGACACUAAUGAACGGGAUGAAAGUAGUAAAGCUGACGAUACCCAGAUUAGAGGAUGAAAGUGUCUCUCGGCCGAUCAAGUCGUCUCCUUCGCCCCCUCUGGUCAAAGUGAAGGAUGAGCCUAUAGACGAAGAGUACGACCAGGCUCUGAUGUCCUCCACGGCUACAGCAAGCGUCAAAGAUGAGCCCAAUACUAUGAAGGAGGAUUUGCAGAUCGGAUCAGUCUUCUCUGUGACCCCGACUGCCGAGACGCAGACGCCGACUGUUAUCAACCCCUCGUCCCUGAACAUGUCCUGCUCCAACUGCAAGAAGAGUCUGAUGAAAGGACAGACUGCGUUCCAGAGGAAGGGCUCCCCGGCGCUCUUCUGCUGCACCGACUGCCUCACCACGUCUCUCCCCACGGCCCGAGGAGUCACCAAGACCUGCCACAACUGCAAUAAGUUGAUAUUUCGGCCUCAGGACGUCAUUCUGGCUCCAGAUGCUAAAAGCGCUAUGAAGGAAUUCUGCAGCCAGAACUGCCUGACCGCCUUCAACUACAGGAAGUCUUCCGCCGCCGCUAAAAAAACACUACCGCCAAUAGCACCACAGUCACUCUGCAGCAUGUGCACCAGAUACUGCAUUAGUAAACACGAGGUGAUCCUGAGCGGCGCGGUCCACAAGCUCUGCAGUGACACCUGCUUCAACCGUUUCCGUGCGGUGAACAACCUGUCGAUGGCCGGCUGUGCCAACUGCGGCUCCUUCUGCCUCAACAAACCGCUCAUGUUGAAGCUGGAAGACAGCAGCAAAACUCUGUGCAACCAAGAGUGUCUGGCCAAGUACAAAGAGAAAACAAAGAUAACCAAGCCUUGUACGAUGUGUCGCACCACCCGGUUAAUGGCAGAAAUGGUCGACAACAAAAACAGAGAUGACACUGUGAAUCUGUUCUGUAGCAGCAGCUGUGUGAUGGCAUUCAAGGUCCAGACUGUCAGUGCAUCAGGUGCUCGCUUGAAUUGUGAUAGUUGUGGGAAAAACACAGUACCGGCCUACCACCUGGCCAUGUCCGAUACCUCCAUCAGGAACUUCUGCACUCUACCAUGCGUCAUGUCUUUUCAGGAAAAGUUCAAGAAGUCGCAGAAACAGGUUAAUGUUUUUACCAAGUUACCAGUCGGAUCCACCCAAAUCCAGUCUGUCUCUCCAGGCCAAACUCUACAAGAUGUUCCCAAAGGACCUCUGAAACUGAACUGCAAUCAGUGUGCCCGCAUCAUCACUUUUAAACCUGAACUCAUCCAGAUCAAGGACAAGCUAGUUUUCGUGUGCAGCGCGGACUGUGCUCACGAGUUCAAGAAAGACAACUAUGUGACGAACCUGUGUGAAUACUGUCAGAUCGAAAAGAUCACCAGAGACGCCAAGAGGAUCAACAACAGAGACUGCUUCUUCUGCAGCGACGGCUGUAAGCUCCUCUAUCGACGGGAGCUGACUAAAAAUUGGGGUCACUGUCACUCCUGCGUCUACUGCCACAGCGUGUCCAGGAAGCUGGUGACGGCUCAGUACGGCGGCUCGACGGAGCAGUUCUGCUCCGAGGAGUGCCGGUCAAGAUACACCAUGCUCUUCUGCCAUGUUGCAAAGUGUGACACCUGCGGCCGCAAAGGGAAGCUGAAGCAGAGCCUCCCGAUGCUCGGAGAAGUCAAACACUUCUGUGACCUGAACUGUCUGCUGCAGUUCUGCUGUGAUAAAGUGGCCACGCAGGGCGAGAUCCUCAAAGGUUCGGGUCAGGCCACACCGGUCAUCGCCAACGUUAUCUCGCUUGCAAACCCUCCAACAGGGAAAUCAAAUGCUUCACAACAUCGCACAAACACAGGCACAAAACCACAGAAAUCUGGACAUAUCAGCGUUCAGACAGAAACAGUGAAGGUUCAUCCUCCUCCCGCUCCCCCCAAAAUCCUGAAGAACAAGGCUCUGCUCUGCAGGCCGCUGGUGCAGAACAAAGGCGUCUCGUGUCGAGUGCAGACCGUCGAUGUGGAAGCACAGACAGAUGACAUCUUCCCUAAAGUGAUGAUGAUUCCUGUCCCAGUGCCGGUGUAUGUUCCUGUUCCCAUGAACAUGUACAGCCAGUGUACCCCCAAACCUGUCGGCCUGCCAUUACCGCUGCCUGUUCCCAUGUUCCUUCCCGUGACGAUGGACAGCGCCGAGCGCAUCGUGGAAACCAUCCAGGAGAUCAAGCAGAAGAUCCCGUCCGACCCGUUUGAGGCAGAGCUCAUCCUCAUGGCCGAGAUGGUCGCAGAGCAACACGAGGAGACCGACAAGGAGGAGAAACCAAAAGGGAAAGUUGCGGAGAAAGAGAGAGACCGUCAAGAAGCAGCUCCUCCAGAUGAACACGCCAGUAAUUUCAGUGACGACUUGGACACAGAAGACUUGGCCAGUUUCCUCAACAACUGGGAGGAAGCCUCGCCGGACGCAGGUCCCAGGUCUCCUGGUCGACCGUUCGGUCAGGAAAAGCUCAACCCGAUCCUUGACAUUCCUGUGGGCAUGAGCAGCGAGCCGUUCUACGAGCCCUCGCCUCCAGCGCCGCCUCCCAUGGACAUCGAGUCUGACUUCACUAUCGGAACUCUGGAGAGGAUGUCCCGGCUCCGAGAUCAGUCCCGGAGGUCACCGAGCCCGCCGCCCGCCACCACACGACGACGACAAGCUCACAGAAAAGCCAGAGAGAAGAAGGGUCGUAAGUCUCGGUCGUCUAAGGCAGCUGAAGGCUCGUCUCAGAAAGCAUCUGCCAUCAGAGCCGUGGCUGCAGAAGUUCCAAAACUGAAGAGUCAGUAUGGAGUCGAUGCCUGGAAGCGAUGGAUCCAGUGGAGACAAACUCAACCUAACCUGGAGAAGCCGCGCUUUGGUUCUCGUCCCAUGGAGUUGAAGGAGGAUGUCCUUCGCUCCACCACUGCUGAGCUGAGCUACGGCCUCUGUUGCUUCAUCACUGAGGUGAAGCGACCCAACGGAGAGCCGUACUCCCCUGACAGCCUGUUCUACCUCUGCCUCGGCAUCCAACAGUAUCUGUUUGAGAACGGUCGUGUGGAGAACAUAUUCAUGGAUCGGUUCUACAACAAGUUCUCUACUGAGUUCACUAACAUGCUGAGAGGAUUCAAGCCCUCGAUCACAGCAAGUGGUUAUAUUCAUUCCCGUGUGGAGGAGGAGUUUCUGUGGGACUGUAAACAGCUGGGGGCGUACUCGCCCAUCGUCCUCCUCAACACGCUGCUCUUCUUCUGCUGCAAGUACUUUGGUUUCACCACAGUGGAGCAGCACCGCCAGCUGUCCUUCGCACACGUCAUGCGCUGCACCAAAACCAACCCGAACAACACCAAGACCACCUUCCUGCGCUUCUACCCCCCAAUAUCAAUUAAUGAGGGCGAGUCAGAUUCAGAGGUUCCUGUGAAGAGGCGUAAGGAGGAGGAAACUAAAGAGGAUAUCCUGGAGAUGAUGGAGAACACAGAGAACCCUCUCCGCUGUCCAGUCAGACUCUACGAGUUCUACCUCUCCAAGUGCUCGGAGUCCGUCAAGCAGCGCACCAACCUGUUCUACCUUCACCCCGAGCGCUGCUGCGUCCCCAACAGCCCGCUGUGGUUCUCCUCCACCCUUCUGGACGACAGCACCAUGGAGGCCAUGCUCAUCCGCAUCCUCACCGUCAGAGAGCUGCAUCUCAGAGCGAGGAAAGACGGAGGAGUGGAGGGGAAGACCCCCGACGAUCCACCGUUUAUACCUGAAGAGGAGGAAGACGGAGAUUCAGAGUGAUGAAGCGCAGAAGUGACCUUUUAUUGGUGCAGCAGCAGCAAGCAGCUUUUGGUGUAAAUGUUUGUAGAUAAACUGUUCAUUGAAACAUUGCCCAACAAACAGAAAAGGACAGAAUGAAUCCCUCACAUGCAUAGUAACUACAGUGUGCAAAGAAAGUCAUACUUCCUUAUCCACAUGUUGUGUAGGUGGGACUUUGGAGCUGAGAUCUAAGACUCAGACUGUUAACUACUGCUCAGCAGGACACGUAGCUGUCCUUCUGUGUUUGUCUGUUGAGUGGUUGCUUCUACUUCUUUUUCCUUCCUCCCACACAUUUCAUUUAGCCCUUCUUUUAAAAAUGGCUGAAAUGAAAAGCAAUUUUGAUUUUCCUGUUGGUGUCAGUGAGUAAACGUCCACCCCAGAAGCCAAACUAACAGCUUUCUGUGAUGUAGAUGUAAAUCGCCAACCAUUGUGUUGCGUGAAAAACCUGCAGUAGAAGUUUGAUUUUCAACAACACGUCAAUGCCAUGAGUUGGUGUCCGUCAAAGAGCACAUGCUUGUUUCCACACCCCAAUAUUUUUGCACAGUUUUUGUACCCUGAUGAUUGUUGGAAAGUCAUUCAUGGAAAUGCACAUGAUGACAAAAUAUCUCCUGAAAUAAGAGAUUUGAUCAUACCAAAAGUGUAGCAUGACCGGAUGCCUGCCUGGUACAAUAGAUAUUCCAGAGGCUUCUUCCACUUUUACUCUGUUAAAUGUGAAAGAUUAAUUCACACACAAAAAAUUGUGAUUAUCUGAUUUUGAACGGUUCGGUCACUUGUGUGAUUAUAGAGUGACUUUUGAUUUUUUCUUUAACGUUUAAUGAAAGAAUCAAACGGUUUGCUAUAUUUCCUUUUGCCUUAUCAAUAGAAAUUGAUAUAUUUUGAUCAUCAGUGUCCAAAUGAUGGGAUUAAAAGUGCUUUUGGAGUUGAUACGAAUACAUUGAAGAAAAAUCAUGAAUGUAGCUGAUAAUGCUGUUUAAAAAGACAGACAACUUCAAUGCAGUUUGGGGAAAAAACUCACGAUUAAACCUUUUGUUGACUGAACACUAAAAUGAACAGAAGAGUUGCAUUAUAUUUCAUCCAAAGCAUCAUCUGAGACUUUUUGCAUAACCAUGACCCUGCUGUCAUAUUAAAAAAGUACAGAAAUACUGUCCCUUCAUGUAUAUCUUGGUUAUAUUAACCCCCAGUCCUUAGAGUAUGGCUGCCAAGGUUCUGAGUAUUUUCUAUUGUAUGUUGUUUUUCAAUAAAAAUCACUUCAA